GGAAGGCGGGAGAGAGACCCGACGCCCCCAGGACAGAGAGGAGCCGGGCAUCGCAGGGGAGGGGGAGGGCAAGUCUGCAGAGUGAGCACACAUCCUCCCCAGUACCCCCCCCCACCCUUACCCCCUCCACCGAGGACCUGUGGAAGGCGUCUGGGCCUGGGUUUACGGGCAGGGCACUCCCUGGGAAGCUGAGUUCCGGCGGACAAUGACCCAGGCCUGGCCCGGCAGAACCAGCGCGCGGGCAGGCGGCCCCAGGAGAAAGGCCACUGCUUCACCUGCCGAGAUCUUCCCAUUCUGCACGCUCUAUGUACUUCCCUCCCAUGUACCCCUGUCUCCCCAGUCCCCAGCCAGAGGGAGCUGGCGCCCAUCCCAGCAGUGCAGCAGCUGAACCCUUCGUGCCCUCCCGUGGAGACCCACCUUGGAACACAGGGUGUGACAGACACAUGGCUGUCCACGACCGUUUAGACGUCAUAGAGGAGAUGGUGGAGAAGACGGUGGAGCACCUGGAGACAGAAGUGAAAGGCUUGCUGGGUCAGCUGGAGGAGCUGGCCUGGAACCUGCCCCCGGGGUCCUUCAGCCCGCCGACCCCCGACCUCUUCGGAGACGAUGGCUUUGGAGCACCCGAGCCCGAGUUGCCCGGCAGCUGGAAGUGACACCCCGUGACUGCCUUCCUUCCUCAGCCUUGUGCAAAAUAAAAGCUACUCCUUUGG